GUAGCCAGACAAGUCUUUUGCACCAAGAAGAAAAGGAAGAUGGCUGACCUUGCAUUUGAGAUAGGUAAUACAACACUACCGAAGAGCUUAAUGGAAACGGGUAGAUGAGAUCGCAGGGAAAGGGUUUAGGGUUUAGUUAUAUGUAGGCCACAGCAAGGAAGCAGAGCCGGAGUCACCCAUCCGGAUCUGCAACAAACGGCCGCCGCCGCUGCUUUCCUUCGGCUGCAGGAUCAGCUGAGCGCGGCUAUCACGUGGGCGGCGUGUCGAAGGUCACAGCUCGGCUCACAAUGGAGCUUUCGGAGCCUGUGCAAAGCGGCUUACAGAUCCUGGCAGAUCCGGGUAGCUUCUCGCUACGAGCUUUCCAGGCUCUGCUCCAGGCUGCCUUCCGAAGCUUGCUCACUGGACAGGCCGAGGAGGCCGUUUUCGAUUACCCAGAUUUGGACAAUAUUGAUCCAGCAAUAUUAAAAUACUGCCAUGCAGCAACUACCACUUGUAUUAUAGAAGCUGGAAAACAAAAAGCUGACCAAUCUAUUAUAAGUACCUAUCUGGAAGAUUGUAAACUUGACAGAGAAAGAAUUGAAAACUUUUGCACUGAAUAUCAGAAACAUAAGGAUACUUUGGAAAUCAUAUUGGGAAGUAUAGGCAGAUGUCCACUACAUAUAACUGAUGUUCGUUGGCGUUUGGAAUAUCAAAUCAAGACUAAUCAACUUCAUAAAAAUUAUCGCCCUGCCUAUUUGAUGACCUUAAAAGUAGAGAAUGAUUCAAGAUCUCAUCAGGACAUUAAUUUUAGUUGUACUAUGGAGCAAUUGCAGGAUUUAGUGGGAAAGUUAAAAGAUGCAGCUAAAAGUCUAGAAAGAACAACUCAACUAUAAUUACAGACUUGGCAAUCAACUGGAUUGAAGAAGAAAAUAAAAUGUUUGCUUCUUUGGCUAUAUGAUGAUCUUUUUUCCUGGUUUUAUUUAAUGGAAUUGUGAUAUAUGUUUGAUCAAACAGAAAUGGACUUUUUACUUUCUAGAUAACAUUACAUGUUCGUGUGCAAUAAAAACUGUUGAGCUUGUUUAACUGUAACAUAUCUUUGUAGAUAGCUCUACACUUUUUAGAUAUGCUUGUGUUUCAGUUUU